CCGUUUCGUCUUCAACUAUGAUUUCAUCAAAGUCAGCCCCAAUUCAUCUAUACUUUACUAAAACAAACCUUACAAAAAAAGAGUUGAUGUCAGAAAUUGAGCUCCUGAAUACAAAAGUUGAGCACUUGCAAGAAGAACUUGAGAACUUAAAAAAUCUUAGCACCAUGAAUCACAACUGCCUAGAAGAAAAAAAUAAAAACUAUGCUCUUCUCCCAGCUUCUCAAGAACGAAAACUCCUUGCAACAGUUAAGAGAAUUGGAAGAAUGCUGAAUUGGGCUGACUUUGAUGAAAUCAUAGUUGAAGACGAAACGGCUGCAAAUGUAAGUAAUGAUAA